AAUGUGCAAUUUCACCAGCUCUAGGGCGCAUGUCACUUCAGAUCAGAAAACUCUCCUGUUGUAACCAUUGGGUAUGUAAACGGGAAUCGAGAUUAACUGUACAGGCUCGUAUAACAAUUCCAACUACGUACACAUGAAAGUUGAGGCUGUUACGAAAGUUUACGAUUGAAAUAGUCGUUUUGAGAACGAAGGAGAAGCUUUCAGCUAUCACCGCGUUAGCUUAUUUGCUAACCUCCAUGGGCAAACUUUUCUGUUUGAUUUAGCUUCCAACAUGAAAGCUGUUAUUCUAGCGGCAGGAUAUGGAACACGUUUGCAAAGAGAUGUUGAGAAUGACAAAACUGAACGAUUCAAGCAUCUUUUGGGCAUUGCCAAACCACUGCUUCCCGUUGGCCACUGUGCUCUUAUAUCUCAUUGGAUCAAGUCAAUGACUGCAACUGGAUGUGUGGAUACCAUAUUUGUGGUUACAAAUGCACUCUACUUCGAAGAUUUUCAGGCAUGGGCUCAGGAGUUUCCCAAUGUGAAGAUUCUCAGUGAUGGGACCAAAACAAAUGAGGAACGGCUUGGUGCUGUUGCUUGCCUACAGCUUACAGUCAAGCACUUCUCCGUUGAGGACCAUGUGAUAGUUGUUGGAGGUGAUACACUGUUCAAAGAAGACUUCAGUCUUUUGAAGUUUACAGGGAGAUUUUCUGAACACCAGGCCAAACAUGCUGAUGCUAAUCUAGUGCUGUCUUACCAAUGCAAAGAAGAGGAGACAUCCAAGUAUGGGAUUCUGGAAGUUGAUGCGGACAUGCGAGUUAGCUGUAUGAAGGAGAAGCCCUGCCCAUCUGAAACUCAGUCCAGGAAGGCAUGCCCCUGUUUCUAUUUGUUCUCAAAAGGGAGUCUUUCACUCUUAGAUGUAUUUCUUAAUGAGAAAAAGAAUGCACCCAUCGAGGAGAGAGAUGCUCCAGGGACCUUUCUGUCUUGGCUCAUAUUGAGAAAGCCUGUGUAUGUCCACGAGAUAUCUGGUCGCUUUGACGUGGGGAACCUUCCAUCCUACAUAGAGUGUGACCAAUAUUUUAAAGACAGAGUCCAAGAUAUCAAUGUUUAUUUACAUUAACAUUUAAAAAUAAACAGAUAUAUGACCUGCUUAAACAAGUAAAGUGAGGACUUGUUCUUUACAAGGAUGUAACUCCAGAUAUUUUAGUGGGGGGGAAAGGGUGACAGAUGUGAUUUUCUUUUUUCAAAUUAAUUCCUCAGAAAUUAUGCAAUUUUCUACAAUAAACUAUCAAAUUGA